AUGUUAAAUAAUAUUAAGUUGUAAUCCUAAAAAAAAGAAGAGAUUCAAGCACAAUCAAAUUCUGAAACAUCUGUUCCAGAAAACUCAUCAAUUCCAUCAAUCAAUUUAUAGUAAUCCUCAAAUCUAAAUUAUAUUCCCUAAGAGGUUGGUUCUGGUAAUACUUUUGCUUAGUUAGAUUAAAUUUAUUAGCCCUUACUAUUAACUAAUUAAUAAUAAUCUAGUACUAGUGAUUUAAAAAAAUAGAGAUUCCUUAUUUAAAUAACAGGUAUUUGGAUAUUUUAGGAGGCUAUUUAAAUAAUUAUGUCAGUCAUUACUAUUUUGGAUAUUAACUAUGAUGAUUUGUUUUAUAAUUUUGAAUAAGGUAAAUAUAGAGUUCCAUUAUAUUUAUUUUUUCUUAUAUCUUUCUUAUAGUUAUUGCUAAUUAGAUUCUAUAAACCAUUCAGAUGUGUACAUUUUUAAUAUAAUUAGUAAGAAACAUAAUGCUUUUUUCAUAUUCUUGAUUUUCACUAUUACAUAUGCCCUAUGGAUUAGUGGUCUCAUAGCUGGAGAACAUUCUGAUAUCUGGAAUAUAGAAAAAUCUGUUUAGCUUGGAUUUGCCAUUUUUAUUGGUGUCAUUUGCAAUUUUCUUACUUUAAUUACUUCACUAUUUCAAUUUUCUUUGACCAAAAAAUAAAUAUCAUUUUUUAGUAAGCCAUUUAAUAUAUUCAUAGGAACAAUUAAAUAUGUUUUUAUUCCGCCUUUUAUUUAUGCCUUUAUAUUUUAAAUUUUCAAUCCUUUUGAUUAUAUUGCAGUUCUAAUUUUAUGGAUGUCAACUGAAUUAUGGGCCUUUACAUUUGGUGGACUAUAUUUAUAUAGUAUAUUAUAAAUUUUACAUGGUAAAGUAAAAAAAGAUAUAUUUAUUUUAGUUUAAUCUAAAUUAAGAUUAAACAAUCUCUGCUGCACUUUUGGCAUUUAUCAACAUAUUUUUUCCGUUUGGACAUUAUUGA